UCACUGAGCGCCGGUGUGUGAGGAGGGGAGGAGAUUAUUGGCUAGUACAGAGCCCAUGUGUGGGAAAGAGAAGGAGAUGAUUGGCUGACACGACACCGGUGUAUUUGCAGUGUCUGACAGGCAGGAAGUUGUGCUUUUGUAUCAGAUGUGAUGAUCGGUGUUGCCGGUGAAGAUUAUAAUGUUUGUACCGAGAACUGUGAAGAGGCGGAUAGCGACUGAAAAGAGUGCGGGAAAGAAGAGAAUCACCGAUGAGGCGGUGUCACCUAACUCAUCUACUUCUAUUACUGCUCUCAUUCCAUCAUCGCCGCCCAUUGUUGAGUUGUCACACUCAUCACCUACCCGUAUUCCUGCCUCUUCUAACCACCCCUCAGUGAUCAGCACCUCUGCUCCUCCUUCCCUCACUUCCUCAGGGGAUGACAUUGGAUUAGCAUUUGCCUCUUCUAACCACCCCUCAGUGAUCAGCACCUCUGCUCCUCCUUCCCUCACUUCCUCAGGGGAUGACAUUGGAUUAGCAUUUGCCUCUUCUAACCACCCCUCAGUGAUCAGCACCUCUGCCCCUCCUUCCCUCACUUCCUCAGGGGAUGACAUUGGAUUAGCAUUUGCCUCUUCCAACCACCCCUCAGUGACCAGCUCCUUUGCUCAUCCUUCCCUCACUUCCUCAGGGAAUGGCAGUAUUGCAGUAUCUGCCUCCAGUGAAGGUAAUUCAUUUGUAUUUUCUCCUCAUACACCAGCUGUGGUGCCCAGUGGCCCCCCUUCAACACCACCCCCCUCUUUAGAUGCUCCCUCUUGUGUUUCUUUGCCAUCCUCUACAGAACCAUGUGUUUUAGAAGAAGAGCCCACCAAAUCCUUCAGCAAGCUUCAGCGUUGGCCCGUUUCGGGAGAACCAGUGUGUGUUGUAUGUGGGCGAUAUGGAGAAUACAUAUGUGAUCAAACGGAGCAUGAUGUUUGCAGCUUGGAAUGCAAAGCAAGGGACUUAUUACAAGCUCAGAACACAUCUGGUCCACUUGAGUACCAGGCGAUAACAAGUACUGAUGGAGGACAGAUCCAAUUAUAUACUGCAUCUAAUAUACCUCAUCCAUACAUGUCCAUGGAGUCUUCAUCCUCUACAGCUAACCACCAUGAUACCUCUUACUCCUACACUGAACAUGAUUUUAUAGCCCAGCUGGGGCAAGAUCAGAUUGACCACCUAAGACAGCAGCUUGGCUUAUCUGUGCAAGGUCAUGAGGUUUGCAAACCUAUCAUAGAGUUUGAACAUUUAGGCUUUCCCGCUGCACUCUCUGCAAAUUUAAAAAGGUCUGGAUAUGAAGUUCCCACUCCGAUCCAAAUGCAAAUGAUCCCUGUUGGACUGAUGGAGCGAGAUAUUUUGGCGAGCGCAGACACUGGCUCAGGAAAAACAGUAGCUUUCCUUCUUCCGGCCAUCAUCCACUGUCUCAAACAGAAAGAUGCUCCAGUUGCUUUGAUUUUGACUCCCACCAGAGAGCUUUCUGUGCAGAUUGAGAAACAGGCCCAGGAGCUAAUGUUUAAAAUUCCUCAGAUGAAGACUGCUUUGCUUGUUGGAGGGAUGCCAUUACCACCACAGAUCCAUCGGCUGAAGCAAAAUGUGCAGAUUAUUAUAGCAACUCCUGGAAGGCUUUUGGAAAUACUCAAACAAGAUUCUGUAGAUUUUUCUAAGCUAAAGAUUCUGAUAGUGGAUGAGGCAGAUACGAUGCUAAAGAUGGGAUUCCAGCAGCAAGUGCUUGAGGUUAUUGAACAGGUUGCACAGGAUCAUCAAACAAUCCUAGUGUCAGCCACCAUUCCUGCCAGCAUUGAAACAUUUGUUCAGCAGCUUUUAAGGGAUCCUGUGCGAAUCACUGUUGGUGAGAAGAACCAACCAUGUCCUAAUGUGCGUCAGAUUGUACUGUGGGUGGAAGAACCUUCAAAGAAAAAGAAACUCUUUGAAAUACUGAAUGAUUCCAAGCUGUUUCAACCCCCUGUCCUGGUAUUUGUUGAUUGUCGAUUGGGAGCAGAUCUCUUGAGUGAAGCUGUGCAUAAGAUUACAGAACUAGAAUGCGUUUCCAUGCAUUCUGAUAAAUCCCAGUCUGAAAGAACGAAGAUACUCAAGGGAUUGCUCCAAGGAGAGUAUGAUGUUGUUGUCAGCACUGGAGUGCUAGGGAGAGGUCUGGAUUUGGUGAAUGUCAAAUUGGUGGUGAAUUUUGACAUGCCUUCAAGUAUGGAUGAAUAUGUCCAUCAGAUUGGAAGAGCAGGAAGACUUGGCAAUCGAGGAACUGCGAUUACAUUUAUUAAUAAAAACAACAAGAAUUUAUUCUGGGACUUGGUGAAAAGAGUGCAGCCCACUGGGUCACUUCUUCCACCUCAGCUACUCAACUCCCCUUUUCUCCUGGAGCAAAAACGCCUAGAGCAAAGAAAGAAUCAAGACCAAGACAAGCUGGUGACUGAGAAACAAAUUCUUAAUCUCAUUCGUAAACAUGACAAACGAAGACGCAAAUAAUGACCGGCUUUGCACCCUUCGUUGACUGAGUAGCAGGCAACUUGCUGUGUCCCCCAUUUUCUCUAUGGAAGAAAGUAUAGCUAUGGAUGCAAACCUUUGGAUUUGUUGCAAAGAAAAACAUUUACUCUCAUUUUAGAGAUGUGCUUCAUUCAGAAGUGAUUAAAUGCGAUGUUGGAUGCAUGCACCUUGUGUAAUAACCUUGAUAAAACUUUUUUUUGU